AUGCCUCAAUGGGGUGGUGGCGGUGACAAAUGUCAACGUUGUGAAAAAACGGUAUAUGCAAAUGAAGCUGUGUCGGCGUGCAGUGCCAAAUGGCAUAAAGGAUGCUUUAAAUGCAAAACUUGUAAUGGUUUACUAACAUUGGCAUCAUAUAAAGAUUUUUCAAAUGAUAUUUAUUGCAAAAGUUGUUACCAGGAUAAAUUACAUCCUCAUGAACGUAAUCGUAAACAACUUGAAAAAGGGUUUUCACGUCAACCUGGUGGUGAUCAAGCAGCUGGUGCAUCGGCUGCUAAAGGAGCUUCGGGUGAAGAAGCAGCAGAGGAAUAA